AUGGUAACCUUCGCCACUGCAUUGGCAGGAGCAAGUUAAUGAUUAUCUUGGAGAAUUUUCAUCCUCGGAAAUCUUCUGACAGAGACGAACACCAAUCUCGACGUUAAGGAAGCGUUAUCGUUAUUGAUGGAAUGGUAGUCAUUCAAUCGAUGGGAAAGCCAACGUGGGUUCGCACUGGUCGAGAUCUUGCAUCUCAUUUUCUUGAGAUCAUUGACAGAAAGUCUCUCAAAUGUGACGAAGUCCAUGUUAUUUUUGAUAGCUAUGACUUUCCAAACUCCUUCAAGGAAGGAACUUGACGGUUUCGUCAAGGUUACAACAGGCCAAUGACGUACCAAAUCACCAAUGAUGCUGUCAUCGAAAAGAUCACGUUCAAGCAGAAGAUGUCAACAAGGAGUCUUUGUGUAUCUAUUUUGCAUCUCACAUCCUUGAGUGUAAGAAAGACUCCCCGAAGACCUGAAUGUAAGUCCAACAAGCUAUCAGUUGAACACCUCACCAGUACCCAAUUAGAGGCAGACACGCGCCUGCUUCUACAUACCAUCGAUGCCACAGAGAGAAGAGCAACAUCCCUCAGUAUCCACAGCCCCGACACAGAUGUAUUGGUGCUGGCGCUUUGGAGGUUUGCAAGCCUAUGCGAUGAAACAUCAGUGGUUGUUGGCACUGGUGACACGCGUCGGUCAAUUCCACUGCGUCCUCUAUACGACUCGCUUGGAGGUCAACUUGGAGCAGCAUUGCCAGGAUUCGAUGCAUUCACUGGAUGUGAUCAGACGGGUACCAUAUGUGGAAAGUCUAAAGUCUCGUGCCGGAAUACUUUAAGUAAAGCUGAACAACAAGUGUUAAAAGCAUUUGCCAGCCUUGGUAGCUCGGCGCACGUUCAAGAUGAUGUAGCCAUGAGACUAGAGCUGAAUAUGUGCCAUCUCUAUGCACCCUCAACCCAUAUCACCACCGUAAAGGAAAUGCGAUGGUUUUUGUUCAGCAAGAAGCAGUAUGCAGAUUAGAAGUUGCCACCAACGAGGGCUGCAUUGGAGCAGAUAAUUAAACGAGCCAACUAUGUUGCCUUAGUUGGAAGGAAUGUGGUACCCCAUGCCCAGAUAUUCCUCUGCCAACAUCUCACGGAUGGGUUCAAGAUGGCAACAGACUACAGGCUGUUCCAGCCAUCCUACUUCCUGCACCCAAAGCUGUCUUUGAACUGAUCAAGUGUGGUUGGAAAGGAAGUUGCAUAACCAUGAGCUGUUCAUGCAAGAAUCAUAGCUUGAAAUGUACUGACAUGUGUGGUUGCUUUGCAACAAAGUGUGAAAACAGAAAUGUGGAGGAAGAUUCUAUUGAAGGCGAAGACAGUGAUGCGGAGGAUCUUCUUUCUUGUUUGUAG